GUUUUUCAGUUUAUUAAGAUUAUUACAGAGAGUUUUUGUUUAUGCUUUUAUACAACUGCUCAUAAACAAAACCAGAAUCGUUUUUCUUUUCUUUUAAACCUUAAUUCUUCAUUUGAAUCCAUUAAAAUAUUCCUUCUUUAUUUUCUUCCAUUUAAAUUGUUCUUUCAAGUGUAGUGGUGUUUGUCCUGACAAGCAAUUUUUUUUGAAGUUUUCUGGUUAUGAAUUUUUGUUUGGGGUUUCAAAGCUUCCAUCUUUUAUAAUGGGGUUGAAGAAGCCCCUAUGUUUAAAGCUGUGGACUAUUGUUUUAAAGUUUGGAUCCAAUUUAGGAUCUUGUAAUUGAAGGGAGUAAAUUGCAAUCAAAAUGAUGUUGUCAGCGUCAGCUCCCUCGGCGGCGAGAAGCUCACUGGAGGAAAUGUUGGAUUCGAUAAGGCGGCGAGAUGAGGCUAUGGAGAAGUUUAAAGACUUGCCUCCUGCUUUGCCAGCUCGGCCCACGUCAAAAGCAAGACUUCCCUCCGCGAGAAAAUCACUGCCUACGGACUUUAAAGUUGGCGCUAAUGGCCAAAUAGAAAGUAAAAUUGAAACUGUUGAAGAUGAUAGAGGGAAGGAGGAGAAUACAAAGAGGAAGGAGAAGGAACUCGGGUAUAAAAUAGGAAGUUUUGGAAGUAAAAAGAUGAGGAAAGAUCAUAAUUGUGAGGAUUCAAAUCCUUAUGCUGAAGAUAAGAAGAAUGAGGCAGUGAGAGGGCCGAUUGCUGGUUCAAUGCCGAAGGUUGAAGAGCCAGAGUGGGAUGAUAACAUUGGUUAUUUUCUCAAGAAGAAACUACGUAUUUGGUGUCAAAUUGCAAAUGGGAGAUGGGGUUCAGGAAGAAUACAGUCAACUUCAGGAGAUGAAGCUGUUGUUUCACUUUCAGGCGGAAAUUUCAUAAAGGUGCCCAUAGCAGACCUCUUGCCUGCAAACCCGGAUAUCCUCGAGGGUGUGGAUGAUCUUAUAAAACUUAGUUAUUUAAACGAGCCAUCAGUUCUUUACAAUCUUAAGCACCGGUAUUCUGAGGAUAUGAUUUAUAGUAAAGCAGGGCCUGUAUUGAUUGCUGUCAAUCCCUUUAAACCUGUGCCACUUUUUGGAGAUAAAAUUAUCGAGGCUUACAAACAGAAGCUUAUGGACAAUCCUCAUGUUUAUGCCAUAGCAGACACUGCUUACAGUGAGAUGAUGAAAGAUGAAAAAAAUCAGUCAAUAAUCAUAAGUGGUGAGAGUGGGUCCGGGAAAACUGAGACAGCAAAAUAUGCAAUGCAAUACUUAGCUACGCUUGGUGGUGGUACUGGUGGCAUAGAGACUGAAAUUCUUCAGACCAACUGUGUACUCGAGUCAUUUGGAAAUGCAAAAACAUCCAGGAACGGAAACUCCAGUAGAUUUGGCAAGCUGAUUGAAAUUCAUUUCAGCUCAUUAGGGAAGAUAUGUGGGGCCAAAAUUCAAACUUUUCUGCUGGAAAAGUCAAGAGUAGUUCAAUUGGCCAAUGGUGAAAGAUCCUACCAUGUCUUCUAUCAGCUAUGUGCUGGUGCUCCAUCAAUUCUUAGAGAGAGAUUGCAUCUUAAAAUGGCUAGUGAGUACAACUAUCUUAACCCGAAGAGAUUGAAUCUUAAAAUGGCCAGUGAGUACAACUAUCUUAACCAAAGUGAAUGUUUAUCAAUUGAUGGCGUUGACGAUGCCCUUAAGUUUCAAAAGUUAAUGGAAGCCAUGGAUGUUGUUCAAAUUUCCAAAUCGGAUCAAGAACAAGUAUUUGCUAUGCUUGCUACAAUAUUAUGGCUUGGAAACAUAUCGUUUCAAGUAAUUGACAAUGAAAAUCAUGUGGAGGUGUUGGCUGAUGAAGCUCUGACCAAUGCUGCAAGGUUAAUGGGUUGUAGCUUAGAAGACUUGAUGCUCGCUUUAUCAACACAUAAAAUUCGAUUUGGAAAGGAUGAUGUUGUAAAAAAAUUGACAUUCCGUCAGGCAAUUGAUAGAAGAGAUGCAUUAGCAAAGUUUAUCUAUGCAAGUUUGUUUGAUUGGCUUGUGGACCAAAUCAACAAGUCUCUUGAAGUGGGCAAACUGAGGACUGGGAGAUCCAUUAAUAUCCUUGAUAUUUAUGGGUUUGAGUCAUUCAAGAAUAAUAGCUUUGAACAAUUUUGCAUAAAUUAUGCAAAUGAAAGGCUGCAGCAACAUUUCAACAGGCAUCUGUUUAAACUUGAACAGGAGGAGUACGAAGAGGAUGGGAUUGAUUGGACUAAAGUUAAAUUUGACGACAACCAAAAUUGCUUGAACCUCUUUGAGAAGAGACCGUUAGGACUAUUAUCUUUGUUGGACGAGGAAUCAAAUUUCCCAAAUGCCACUGAUUUGACCUUUGCUAAUAAGGUUAAGCAGCACUUGGGUGGCAACUCUUGCUUUAAAGCUGAAAGAGGAAGAGCCUUUGCAGUUCGGCAUUAUGCUGGAGAGGUUACAUAUGAUACAAAUGGCUUUCUGGAAAAGAACCGAGAUCCUUUGCAUUCUGAUCUCUUCCAGCUACUAUCAUCAUGCAGUUGCAAACUGCCGCAGUUGUUUGUCGCCCAAUCAUCUUAUCAAUCUGAGAAGUUAUCUAGUAAUUCAGGUCUAUCUUAUGGAUUGGAAUCCUCAAAGCAAAGUGUUGGUACAAAGUUCAAGGGUCAACUCUUCAAACUAAUGCACCAGUUGGAGAACACCACACCUCAUUUCAUACGCUGCAUAAAACCAAAUUCUAAGCAGCUUCCUGGUGUGCAUGAAGAUGACCUUGUGUUGCAACAACUACGAUGUUGUGGAGUUCUAGAGGUUGUUAGGAUCUCGAGAUCUGGAUAUCCUACUCGAAUAACUCAUCAAGAUUUUGCUCAAAGGUUCGGGUUUCUACUCUCCGACACAACUGUAUCUCAGGAUCCGCUAAGUAUAUCGGUAGCUGUUCUGCAACAGUUUAGCAUACCCCCUGAAAUGUAUGAAGUUGGGUAUACUAAAGUGUAUCUUCGUACAGGACAGAUUGGCAACUUGGAGGAGAGGAGAAAGCAAGUUAUGCUUGGAAUACUUGGGGUUCAAAAGCAUUUUCGCGGUUGCCAAGUUCGUCGUGAUAUGAACGAACUGAAAAAAGGAGUGACGGUAUUGCAAUCAUUUGUACGUGGUGAAAAUGCCAGAAGGUGGUACGAUUGUAAUGUAAAGGGAUGCACAAAUAGCACGGAGGUGCCUGCCCCAAUGAUUGAUAAUAAGCUGGUGGCAGUCAUUUUCUUGCAAUCUGCAAUUCGUGGGUGGUUAGCUCGGAAACAAUUUAGUGACAAGCAUAAAGUUAAAGAACUAACUGACAAUGUAAAUAUUAGAAAAAGGCGUAUAAAGAAGAUUCCAGAAGUGAAGGUCACACCACAAGAGCAUGUUGAUAUUCAGGGUUUAAUUAUGUCAGAGCUUCAUAGGAGGGUUGCCAAGGCAGAAGUAUCCCUGAUACAUAAGGAAGAGGAAAAUGCUUCGUUGCGGGAGCAAUUAAAGCAGUUUGAGAAAAGGUGGUCUGAUUACGAGACAAAAAUGAAAACAAUGGAAGAAACGUGGCAAAUGCAAAUGGAGUCAUUGCAAACAAGUCUUGCUGCAGCCAGGAAGAGUCUUACCGCUGACAACACCGCCGUUCAACCUGGAAAACUAGAUUCUUUUCCAUCACCUGGAUAUUAUGAUUCCGAGGAUAAUAAUACGCCCACAGGAGCUCAUACCCCUGGCGGAUGCACACCCAGCAAAACCACUAUUGCCAUUCCUGAUGUAAGAUUGGGGAGAGAGACUAAUAACGGUCCUGUAAAUGCGGUUAACAUUCUUGCAAAAGAAUUUGUGCAGCAGAAACAAACUUUCGACAGUGAUGUUCAAGCACUAGCCGAGGUUAAAGCAGGGCAAUUAGUUUACGAGACGAAUCCCGACGAAGAGCUUAGAAAAUUGAAAAUCAGAUUUGAGGCAUGGAAGAAAGACUAUAAGGUUAGAUUACGAGAUACAAAGGUUAGACUUAACAAAGUUGGGCAUGGAGAAGGUGAUAGAAGAUCUCGAAAAUGGUGGGGAAAGAUCGCGUCGAGAAGAUGAAAGGCGGAGAUGCGAAUGCCGGAGAUAUUAUGUUACCAAAGCUUCCAUUCGCUCUCUCCAUUGUAAGAUGAUCACUUUGCUAUUUGUAGAAAGAAUAAUUGGUCUUUCUAUGCUGUGAGGGUAGCAGUAGCUGGAGAAAUUGUAUCAAUGUAUAUCCACCAAACUGUUGAUUGGUGUGUAUAGUCAAAUAGGUUUAGGUGAGAGAUUUCAGAUUAAUUGUCUCUCUUUUUUUUUUUUUGGCAAAGUAGGAUAGGUUAUUUGUAUAUAGUAUGAUGAUGUUAUCAUAGAUGUAAUUAGAAAUUUGGUCAUGAUGGAAUGAAAUUGUCCAUUUGCCUGCUA